AAUCAACUCUAGAUUUCAUGCCGUUUCUUUUAAUUAGCAACAACUGAUGCUGGAGCUUUAAAAUGGAUGAAAUAAACGAUUUCUUCAACUUUAGCAAACCUUUAAAGCGGGUGGGAACUUCUCACCAUGGUGCUUAUCGUGAUAAUUCCAGAACAAGCGCAAGUUUCAAAAAUAUAAAGGUAAAAGUUGAACGUGAAAAAGAAGUGCAAGAAUAUGAUAACACAUUAAAGAGACGCCAGGAGACACUAAUGAACAAACUAAAUAAUGAUACGGACGAUGAUGACAUGCCAAGCUGUUCGAAAAUGAAUAGCACUUUAAAUGAUAUAAGUGAUGACGAGGACGUCGAUAUGGAUGUCAAGCCUCAAAUAGAUGACAUUUAUGAUAAAUAUAACUUUCUACGUGAUCAUAACAAAAGACUUCCAAUUCACGAUAACAAAGAAGUUAUAAUUGCAAAGAUUCGUAAACAUCCCGUUGUUAUUCUUCAAGGCGAGACUGGCUGCGGUAAAACUACACAAGUUCCGCAAUAUAUACUGGAUGAUGCAUUUACUCGUAGGCAAUUUUGUUCAAUUGCUUGCACCCAGCCUAGAAGGAUUGCAGCAUUAUCCAUUGCUCGUCGAGUUUCAAGUGAACGAAAUUUGGAACUUGGCUCCUUAGUGGGCUAUCAGAUUGCAUUGCACCAAACCACUUCUGCGGAUACACGCAUACUGUUUUGUACUACGGGCGUAUUGUUGCAAAAAAUUAUUACAGCAAAAUCAUUAUGUGCAUUCACUCACAUUUUACUUGAUGAAGUUCAUGAACGUGACCAAGAAAUGGAUUUUUUACUCAUAGUCAUAAGGCAUCAUUUGGCAACAACAUCAAAACAUGUGAAGAUUGUUAUGAUGUCUGCUACUAUUGAUACGUCAAAAUUUGCUGAAUAUUUUAAAAUACGCAAUGUUGCUGCACCAAUAGUUCGUGUCGAUACUCGGCGUUUGUACAGCGUGAAAGAACACUAUUUGGAUGAUUUGGCUCGCAUAAACAUUAAUCAUGUUGAACCUGAAGAGGGUAAACCAAACAUAAGCCCAGAAUUGUAUACCGUAACAUUAAAGUUGGUUAUUGUUAUUGAUAACAUAGAAAAGGAAGAAGCUAUGUUUUCUCUUGAACCAUCUUCUGAUCAAAGUUCUAUUUUAAUAUUUUUACCGGGAUUGAAUGAAAUUGACUUGAUGCUUGUUAAAUUACAAAGAUUAAACAACGAAACUAAUGUAAAGCUGAUGCCUAUACGUUUACAUUCCUUAAUAUCAACUGAAGAACAAAAUAAGAUUUUUACCUCCGUUCCAGGAUUUCGAAAGGUUAUUUUGGCCACAAAUAUUGCAGAAAGUUCUAUUACUGUACCGGAUGUAAAAUAUGUUAUUGAUUUUUGUUUGACGAAGCACAUGGUAGUAGACACCUCUACAAAUUUUAGUUCACUGAAAAUGCAAUGGGCAUCCAAAGCGAACUGUAAACAAAGAGCUGGUCGCGCAGGCCGUUUAUCUUCUGGACGUGUAUACCGUAUGGUGUCAAAAUAUUUUUAUACUCAGCACAGCAGCUAA